AUGGAGUCGACAUCGCCGUUCUAUUCGCUUGUUCCGGAGGUCAAGUACUCUCCGCCAUGGCAGGACUUGAGCAUCAUUGGUAUUGCUGGGAGCUCCGGCUCCGGCAAAACUUCAGUGGCUAUGGAGAUCGUGAAGUCGCUGAAUCUGCCUUGGGUGGUGAUUCUGGUCAUGGAUUCGUUCUACAAGACUUUGACUCCCGAGGAACAUCGCAAAGCCCAUGCUAAUGAAUAUGACUUUGACUGCCCAGAGUCAAUUGAUUUUGACCUUCUGGUAGAUACUCUCCGAGAGUUGAAGCAAGGCAAGAAGGCCCAUAUUCCGGUCUACUCGUUUGCCGAUCACCAGCGGCAAACCCAGACCACCACAUUGUAUUCACCCCGAGUGCUCAUUCUCGAGGGAAUUCUGGCUCUCCAUGAUCCCAGAAUUUUGAGCCUACUCGAUGUCAAGAAGCUGACAUGGAUGUUUGCUUGGGACGCAGAGGUUGGAGAUCACCCUUUCUACUUCACCAAGGGUUUGGUACUGAUUCUUGCUCAAAUCGCAGUCCUUCGCGACGUCCGCGAACGAGGUCGAGACAUUGAGGGUAUCAUCAAGCAAUGGUUUGCCUUUGUGAAACCGUCCUUUACCAAAUAUGUGGAACCUCAGCGACCGAUUUCUGAUAUCAUCAUUCCUCGUGGUAUUGAAAACACGACCGCUAUUGAUAUGGUCGUGAAGCACAUUCAGCGCAAGCUCCAGGAUAAGUCAGAGAAGCAUACUGAAGGUCUUCGGAAGCUUGGUUUUUUGGCUGCCAAGGUCGAACUGCCGGCCAACGUGCAUGUUAUGCCUUCGACACCGCAGUUCGUGGGAAUGAAUACCGUUCUGCAAGACCCAGCAACGGAACAUGUGGACUUUGUCUUCUACUUCGAUCGACUUGCGUCGAUUCUUAUUGAGAAAGCCCUAGACUUGACAACUUAUGUCCAGACCACAGUGGAGACGCCUCACGGCAAUAGGUACAUGGGCCUCAACCCGAAGGGCUCUGUAUCUGCAGUUGCCAUCCUACGUGGAGGCUCUUGUCUGGAGACUGCCCUAAAGCGGACCAUCCCCGAUUGCGUUACCGGCCGUCUUCUCAUUCAGACUGAUGUAAGCAGCUCUGAGCCAGAGCUGCAUUACCUCAAGCUUCCUCCCCAGCUCGAGGACCAUUCCAUGGUCAUGCUUCUGGACCCACAGAUGGCAAGUGGAGGAGCUGCCUUGAUGGCCGUACGUGUCUUGAUUGACCACGGUGUGCUGGAAGAGAAGAUUGUCUUCGUGACAUGUGCUGCAGGUGAAACUGGUAUCAAGCGCCUGGUUGCAGUCUUCCCCAAGAUCAAUGUCAUUGUUGGUCGUAUUGAGGCGAAUGGCGAGCCGAGGUGGAUGGAGAGGCGGUAUUUUGGAUGCUAG